AUGACCCUCUUUAUCCUCACCGAGACCAGUGCGGGCUAUGCCUUGCUCAAGGCAAAAGACAAGAAGCUCCUCAAGCGAGACGAUCUCGCAGCAGAGACGGAGACUGCAGAGGGAAUCUCGAAUCUUAUGAAAUUGAAGAACUUCCAGAAAUUCGACAGCGCCACUACUGCCUUGGAGGAGGUCGCAUCUGUUAUCGACGGCAAAGUUACGCCACGCCUUGCAAGCCUGCUAGAGACUAUUAAAGACGAGAAGAAGGUGUCGUUGGCCGUUGCUGACACCAAGCUGGGCAAUGCAAUUGGCAAGCUGCCGGGACUCUCCAUCCAGCCUGUUGCUGAUGGCAACACUGCUGAGCUUUACCGUGCUAUCAGAGCCCACCUUCCAACCCUUAUUCCUGGAUUGGUGCCCACUGAUAUAUCUACCAUGUCCCUGGGUCUAUCCCACUCCCUUGCUCGACACAAGCUCAAGUUCUCCGCAGAUAAGAUUGACACCAUGAUUGUUCAGGCAAUCUCUUUGCUUGACGACCUUGAUAAGGAGCUCAAUACCUAUGCUAUGCGUCUGGCUAAGAUCCUGAACGAUAACAUGGCCUACGCCAAGGUCGUGCUUAAGAUGGGUAUCCGUAGCGACUCUGAAACCACAGAUCUCUCUGAAAUUCUUCCCGAGGAGAUGGAAUCCGCUGUCAAGAUGGCUGCCAACAAGUCCAUGGGAACUGAAAUCAGCAACGAAGACCUCGAGAACAUCCAGUCUUUGGCCGAACAGGUCGUCGCAUUCUCAGAAUAUCGUCAGCAACUUGCCAACUACCUCUCCGCUCGUAUGGCUGCUAUUGCUCCCAACCUUACCGCCCUGGUUGGUGAUCUGGUCGGUGCUCGAUUGAUUGCACAUGCGGGCAGCUUGAUGAACCUCUCCAAGAGCCCCGCCAGUACCAUUCAGAUUCUUGGUGCCGAGAAGGCCUUGUUCCGUGCUCUUAAGACGAAGCAUGACACCCCCAAGUACGGUUUGAUUUACCACGCCUCGCUCAUCGGUCAAGCUACCGGUAAGAACAAGGGUAAAAUGGCUAGAGUGUUGGCUGCUAAAGCUGCAAUCGGCCUCCGCGUCGAUGCCUUGAGUGACUGGACCGCCGAUGCCGAUGGCAAUGAACCCACCGAAGAAGAAAAGUCUGCUCUCGGAAUGGAGUCGAGAUACUACCUUGAGAAGAAGCUGGCGUUCCUCGAGGGAAAACCACUCAAGGCUAGGGGUAUUGCCAUUGCUCCUAAUGGUGUUGAAUCUGCCGUCCCUAAGAAAUGGGAAAUCAACGAAACCAAGAGAUACAACACCGAUGCAGAUGCUCUGGCUGGUGGUGAUGCCGCCGCCGAUAAGAAGAAGUCCAAGAAGGACAAGAAGAGUAAACUGAUCCAGGAGGUUGAGCCUGAAGAUGAGGAGAUGAAGGACGCCGACCAGGGAGAGGAGGAAGAUGACGAAUCAGACGAGUCCGAAGAAGAAAAGGCCAAGAAGGAGAAGAAAUCAAAGAAGUCGAAGAAGUCGAAGAGCAACGGUGAUGAUAACGUUGAAGAGCUAGCCGAGAAAGCCGGUCUCAGCGUCAAGCGAUACCUCCGAAAACUCGAGAGGGGCGAGAUUUCCUUUGACAAGGACGGUAACCCAUCUUCUAUCAGCAAGAAGGACCUGAAGAAGGCUAAGAAAGAGGCUAAAAAGGCCGAGAAAGAGGCCGGAACAAAACGAAAGCGUUCAGAUGCCGGCGAAGAGGCAGAUGAGUCCAGGAGUGAGAAGAAGAAAAAAGAAGAAAAGUAA